AAGUCAUGAUGCUGCUGCUCUCACAAAGCCACGCGAACUCAAACUCAAAGCUCUCUCUUUCUCUGUUCGUCUUCUAGCUAGCUUACUUUUCUUCAGGUCUUUCUCUCAUCUUAUAAUCUGUGAUAUUCAGAUUCAGAUCCGAGCUUCCAUUUUUAUCAGCUUUCUUCGGUGUUGCUUAAAUCCUAUUUCCACUUGUCCUCUUCUCGGUUCACGAUGAGUAAGAACUGGAAGUCCGUUCGAUUAAGGCUCCAGAUGCGUACUCUCAUGUUGUUUGUGGUGAUCCUAAGCUUUGAUUCUUUGGAAACUGAAGGUUUAGCGGUGACGAAAAAUCUACAGAACGAUAGAGAUGCAGCAGCUUUGGAAGCUGUUAGUUUUCACAGGAAAUUACUUGGUCGUUUCCGUAACCCCUACACGCAUUUGAAUUCCUACAAAGACCACCGCCCUGUGGCAUCAGUAACACCACCGUCAUCUUCGGUGGUUCCUUCUCAUAGAAGUAAGACCAGUAGAUCCUCAGCAUCGCAUCCGCCACGAAAAAGUCCACCUGCCCUGCAUGUUUCUUCCGCACCACCUCCUUCUGUGGCCUUUCCAAAUAUUCCUACUCUAAGAAGAAGUUCUUCAAACAGCAUAGCUCCCAUUGUUGUUGGCUGCACAGGCGGUGUUCUCCUUCUUCUUUUAGCUACUGGUGUCUUCUUUUUCAAAAGCAAGGCUGGCAAAUCUGUGAAUCCUUGGCGUACAGGUCUUAGUGGACAACUUCAGAAAGUGUUCAUAACUGGUGUCCCAAAACUGAAAAGAUCUGAGAUAGAAACUGCUUGUGAAGAGUUCAGUAAUGUAAUUGGGUCAUGUCCCAUUGGUACAUUGUUCAAAGGGACACUAUCUAGUGGGGUGGAGGUAGCUGUGGCUUCUGUUGCUACUGCUUCUGCCAAAGAAUGGACUAAUAACAUAGAAACGCAGUUCAGAAAGAAGAUUGAAAUGUUAUCUAAGAUAAACCACAAGAACUUUGUCAACCUUCUUGGUUACUGUGAAGAAGAUGAACCUUUCACUAGGAUCUUGGUCUUUGAAUAUGCAUCAAACGGAUCAGUCUUUGAACAUUUACACUAUAAAGAAUCAGAACAUUUGGACUGGUUAAUGCGGCUAAGAAUAGCAAUGGGUGUAGCAUAUUGCCUUGAACAUAUGCAUGAGCUCAAGCCACCUAUAGUCCACAGCAAUCUUCUCUCAUCAACACUUCACCUCACAGAAGAUUACGCAGUCAAAAUAGCGGAUUUCAAUUUUGGUUACCUAAAAGGCCCAUCAGAGAGAGAGACCAGCACCAAUGCACUCAUAGACACGAACGUCUCAGACACAACCAAAGAAGACAAUGUCAACAGCUUUGGUUUGCUGUUGUUCGAGUUGAUAACCGGAAAACUCCCAGAGAAUGUUAAAAAAGGUGACUCGGUAGAUACCAGUUUUGAUGAUUUCUUGAGAGGCAAGACUCUUAAGGAGAUGGUGGAUCCGACACUGGAAUGUUUUGAUGAGAAGGUUGAGAACAUAGGAGAAGUGAUCAAAAUCUGUGUAAGGGAAGACACGAAAGAGAGACCGACAAUGAAGGAAGUUACAGGGAGGUUACGAGAGAUCACAGGAUUGUCACCGGACGAUGCUAUUCCGAAACUCUCCCCUCUUUGGUGGGCAGAGCUGGAAGUGCUGUCCACUGCGUGAUAAGAGUAGUAGUAGUAGUAGUACGUUGCUUCAUAACGAAUCUGUAAGUAUAUAUGAAUAUGAAGUUUGUGUUGGGGUUUCUGAGUCUCUUUGGAGCUUGUUGCUACUCUUUAGGCCUACACGUAUGUAUAAAUCUUUGGUAGUUUAUAUUAACGACUCAAAAAUUCUGGUAAAAGAAUUCGAGAUCACGGUAGUACACUACACUCUUUUUUGUAUGCAUGAUGUUCAAUGAGUAAUUAAUAUAAAAAUUAACAUUGAAUU